GGGCGUCCGGCGGGCUCGGGCCUGCGGGCGCCCAUGGAGGGCUCCGAGGACGAAGAGGCGGAGGCCGGCGGGCCGCUGCAGCAGCUCGUCAAGCGGCAGCGCAGGGAGAAGCGCGAGCUGCAAGCAAAAAUUCAAGGCAUGAAAAAUGCUGUUCCCAAGAAUGAUAAAAAGAGGCGAAAACAGCUGGCUGAAGAAGUUGCCAAACUAGAGGCAGAACUUGAACAGAAGCACAAGGAAGAAUUAAAGCAGCUGAAGGAAACUAUGCCCGAGCAGAAUAAGAUAGAUUCUAUAGCUGAUGGUGUUGCAAAUUUCAAGCUUGAGGGACGGGAGCAGCAGAUUCAGCAUCCUCGAAUAUCAAAAGCACAGAAGAGACGGGAAAAAAAAGCUGCCUUGGAGAAAGAAAGAGAAGAAAGAAUAGCUGAAGCUGAGAUAGAAAAUCUAACAGGAGCAAGGCAUCUUGAAAGUCAGAAACUUGCCUCCUUGUUGGCAGCAAGGUACUUGGAGAUUAAACAGAUUCCUUCAGAUGGCCAUUGCAUGUACAGAGCUAUUGAAGAUCAGCUCAAGGAUCACCACAACUCCUGGACUGUUGCAACUCUGAGAAAUCAAACAGCAAAGUAUAUUCAAAGUCACUUUGAUGACUUCCUGCCAUUUCUUACAAACCCCAAUACUGGAGAGAUGUAUAGCAAAGAGGAAUUUGCAAAAUACUGUGAUGAUAUAGCAAAUACGGCUGCGUGGGGUGGUCAACUGGAACUAAGGGCUUUGUCGCACAUUCUGCAGACACCUAUUGAGGUGGUGCAGAUGGAUUCCCCUUCCAUUAUCGUUGGUGAAGAAUAUUCAGGCAAACCAAUAAUACUUGUGUAUAUGAGACAUGCUUAUGGAUUAGGAGAACAUUACAAUUCUGUAAAACUUCUAACAGACACGGCUACAGAAAAUGGCAGCUAGUAUUAAAAAAUCCACGUUAGUAACAAUUGCAUCUUGAUAUGUUGGGCUCCAGACAGCUGUUAGAUGGACUAGAAAGUAAAAUUAACUGGAAUGGAUAAAAAA